AUGUAUGCUACUCUAUCCGACAUUCCUCGCCCUGACACCCUCAUAUCUGCGUACGAGGCUCGCUUGGCGCGCAUAUGCGUAGGAAGUAAUGCGGAUUUCCGUGAAACCCCGCCUUCCAGAGCUCGCGAGUUCGACGAUAUCUUGCGGACACUGGAAUUGCUCAUGCUCGACGCUCGAAGUCGGCGGAAUAUGGCUGUUCCGGCCAUCUCUCGUCUACCCGAGGAAGUUAUCACCAUGAUACUCAAGCUGGUGGCUGCGGAGGAUGAACCCCGUCCGCAGAUAGACAAAUCGCUCGUCGAGAAACAUGAAAAUGGAGACCUCACUGAUAGGGUGGCGGACCGUCAACUCUGGGACAAAACCUUCAAUGAAGGCGGGUGUCUCGGUUGGAUACGUUUGACGCACGUCUGUAGAAGCUGGCGUAGCUUGCUCCUCAGUAUAGGUUCGCUCUGGUCAAACGCGCUCGGAAGGUUACCCUUGGCCGAUGAAGAGCUCUUGCAGCGCAUUGGGGAGCACUCGCUUCUCUCCGUCAUGGCCACGGACACUCCCUUUCACCUCCAUCGUCCACAGAUCUUUCGAAAAAUUGCUGCGCUAGAUUUUGUCGGUCGUCUACGCUCUCUGCGAUUAGUAGGCGUCGGCCCGACGCCUUGGUUCAUACAACAUGUCGAGGAACUCCAUGCGAUGAUAUGGGCGAGCCUCGAACUUCUUGAGGUCAACUACGCCGCCGAGCCCUGGACUGAAGACUUGGUUUCCCAUUCAAUCCUCCAAACACCGUCACUCCGUGUAGCGCGCUUCGAAGGCUACCUCAUAUCAUUCGAGUCCAAGUCGCUCAGAGAGCUAUCUUUAAACUUUUUCGUCAGCGGAUCGGCUGGAUUACCGACGGAUGCGUUAUUCGAUAUAUUGCGAAAGAAUGCGGAAACCUUAGAGUGUCUUGAACUCGUCGACCCAUUCGCCCUUGAAUUCGAACAGGAAGCGCCAUCCCUUACUAAACUCUGUCUAUCACGGUUACAGAGGGUUCGACUUGUCCAAAACUUUGCUGAGACUCAGUGCGCUUUCUUCAAGAGCAUCCACUUGAUGCCUUUCGUACAGUUCGACAUUGAGCUGUAUGUGGAGAUUAGUGGGUCUAGGUCUCGCGAGGAUUUCUCAGACGAAGUCAAGCCCCUGCUGGAUGCGAUCGCAGGAUAUAAUCCGGGGAUAAAAUGGGACGGGGCUGCGAUCUUUCCUCCGCCCGAUGGUUAUGACAACGUUCUCUGUUUCCAACUCUACGAUCGCCCGCCUACUCCGACGUCUAUGUCACCGAUCGCAAUGGCUGGCAGCGAGCCCUUCAACCCGGACAAUGCCAAGCUGCAACUUCGAGUCACGAAUGGAGCUGGUUACGAUCCUCGUGAUCAAACUAUCACUUUCACGGGCAUUUCCCAUUUACUCAACCCGGACCAUUUGGUGGCCCUUUCCUUCGGCGGUUUCACCAUGUGGGAAGACACGGAUAUCGCAGAGGCUAUCACUCAGUUCGCAAACCUGCGUAUGUUGCAUAUUAUCGAUCCCCUUGACCACGGGCAGUCGUUAUUCAAUAAUCAAUCUAGGAUUUCCAACAACUUUCCAUUCCUGAGCUUCUCCGGACGUCACGAUCGCGCGAGCAGACCCCUGGUCUCAUCUGCCCUCGCGAAUGACCAUUUUGCACCUUCCUCCGCCCUCGAUAUGCUCUGGCUAGUCCAGAGUGCAGGCAAAAGCAGGUUCUCCUGCUCGACAUGGUGCAAUAUCAUAGCCGACCAAUUGCGACAGACGUUCUGCGACGCCGAGGCGGUUUACGAGGCAAAGCCGAUAAAGGUCCUCCGCAUCAGCUAUCUGGCCGAAGUCCUCGACGGAGACGAAGAUGUGGCGAGGGCCGCUUUCGCGGAAGUUGCUGGCGUGGUGGAAUGGAUGACGGGAUGA